UGUUGCUGCACGACGUGAACAUCAAACCCAGCAACCCUUUCCGUAUUACAGGUUUGCGGGGAAGAUCUGAUCACCUGGAAUUCGAGUUGGUCCAGAGACUGUUCUUGUUUCAAAAUGAUGGAGGAAGACAUGGAAGUAGCCAUCAAGAUGGUGGUCGUAGGGAACGGAGCAGUUGGGAAAUCAAGUAUGAUUCAGCGAUACUGCAAAGGCAUUUUCACAAAAGACUACAAGAAAACUAUUGGUGUUGACUUUUUGGAGCGACAGAUUCAGGUCAACGAUGAAGACGUCAGGCUAAUGCUAUGGGACACCGCAGGUCAAGAGGAGUUUGAUGCAAUAACGAAAGCGUACUAUCGAGGGGCCCAGGCUUGUGUACUGGUGUUUUCUACCACAGACAGGGAAUCUUUUGAGGCAAUUUCCAGCUGGAGAGAAAAAGUGGUUGCGGAAGUUGGAGAUAUACCAACUGUGCUUGUCCAAAACAAGAUUGACCUGCUGGACGACACAUGCAUCAAAAAUGAGGAGGCUGAGGCUCUGGCCAAAAGGCUAAAGUUAAGAUUCUACAGGACGUCUGUGAAGGAAGACCUGAACGUGAACGAAGUUUUUAAAUAUUUGGCUGAGAAACAUCUACAAAAACUCAAACAACAAAUAACCGAAGACCCAGAGCAGACACAUUCAAGUAGUAACAAAAUCGGUGUCUUUAAUACGUCCGUUGGAAGCCACUUGGGUCAGAAUUCAAGUGCCCUUAAUGGCGGAGACAUCAUCAGUCUUAGACCUAACAAACAAAGGACCAAGAAAACCAGAAAUCCCUUUAGCAGCUGUAGUAUCCCCUAAGUUGUUUCGGGGAGGAGAGCAGAAUUGCAUUCGCAGUUCACCGAGGAGCUCCCAGCGCCACAGUGUGUUCGAGUCUUAGUGGGCCUUGCACCUCGCUCUGAAAGCUGACAUUGUAACGUUGCCCUGCCACGCUUCUCAGAAUGUAGAUGGAGACCUCUGCUGGGAAAUUCCUGCCUUGUGGACUCAUUCUAGUCAUUCUAGUUCUUUACGUUAGACGAAGCUUCUCCUGUUUUUGAAGGGACACCAUAGGACAUGUCAAAAACGGGUUUUGCUGAAUUUUAAAUGCGGAAAACAAAAAUGAAAUGACUAAAUAUAUUGGUUCCCGUUUUACUCUUAUGGACCAAGGCGAGAUAGCAAGCGUUCUUUUUCUGGAACUGAUCAUCUAGCUUUUCUGGAAUGUUCAUUCUGAAUGCGUACAGAAAGUACUGAAGGGAAAACUCAGCCUGCACUGGUGUGUGUUGUCAGUGGCCCUUGUGCAAUAUCUGUAACGUGUAGGCUGUGGGAGUGUGCAUGCAGACACCUGGCCCCAGCAAAUGAAGGUCUGGGUGCUACUGAAGGGUUUGUAGCUUCUAAGUAGGUCACCCAUACAACCAUUUACACAUUGUGUAUCUCUCUGGUCUCACAUGAGAACUUGGAGGCAUGUUUUACCAAACGAACUUGGACUUAAAUGUGCCGUGUGCCAAAACAGCCCCCUAAUUUUUAUAGUGCUUUACUAGUAGGAUUUGUACUCGUGGCAUCUUUUAAAGGCAGCGUCCUCUCUGACACUGUAGGUGAAGGGAAUGUAAAGAUCCGAAUGCCGCCUCUCCCUAGUGAGAGUUCUGCAGUCUUCUCCAUGGCCACUGUAGGAUGGCGAGCUCACACUGUCACAAGCCACUCAGAAGACCCUGGGAAGUGUAUGCACAUUAGCUUCUAGGCUGCUGACUGAGACCCCAACUCUGAACUUUGAAGAUGAAGGGAACCCUUUUUUCAGAAUGUACAAAAGGUAGUCUUUGGUCCUGACCCAGGGUAUGGAUUUUCUGAGCCUUGCAACUCUGAAGUAUCCUUCUGUUUACACACCUUGUAUAGCAUUUAAAGAUAAUUGCUUAAAAUUUUGUGGCCUUUGGUUUACAUGGCACCUUAUCAGGAGCUGUCAGCACAGAGAUGUCUGUAAAGAAAUGACCCAGUAUGUAAAUGAUGCUUGCAAACUUUUGAGUUUGGAUACUAGCCUGCCAAAGAGAGAUAAUUUCAUGAGGUCUUCUAAAAACUGAUUAUUCUUCAUUGCUGGUUUUGUUUUUAAAGUUCCAAUUACUUCUGUCCACAUUCCUGGUUUUCACAGGACUUCAAAAUAUAAAAAUGAUUUUUUAUAAAUGAUUUUUUUCUUGGAGAAUGUGCUGUGAUGUCACUGUCUAUUAUUUUUACCAAAAUAUAUAACUGAUUGAUGUAAUUGUUCUUUUUUUGUUUUUGAGUUAACGCCCAUUGUAGCACCCUGGUCCUGCCCACAUUAAUGUUGAGAGCAUAGUAAAAGUCAUGGAGUGCCCUUGUUACGUAGUCCACACUGAAUGCUCACCUUUCACAGGAAAGGGUCUGUCAUCCAUCCCCAAGUAGUGAAGAUGUUUGUUUUGUGUUAUCCGUUGAUAGCAUUAGCAUUGCUGGCGAUGGGCUAAGAGAGGGGACACCUUGGUUCCUAACCCAGGGUCCCUAGGUACCUGUGUGAGUCAUGGUUUCUCUCUUCACCUACAGUCGCCUUAGUUUCUGCACAAAGCGUAUUUGGUGGCAAAUGGUCUUGUCGUCUGUAAUUGGCAGGGUUAAAUCGGAAGAAUUCAUUAUAGAACACUGUAGCUUUAUUCAUAGUCACUGAAUGCGUGGUAAAAGGGUGUGUGGUACUUCUCUAUACAAUAAUGACCCAGUCUGAAGAUGGCUGCUGAUUCCUUGAUGUUUGUAACAGAACUUUACGUACUUUGUUUUAUCUUUUUUUUUUUUUUUUUAGUGAAGUCUUUGUUACACAUUUGAAUUUUUACUUUGCAUUGCUGCAUUUUAUACUUAACUAUGAAAGGACUAACAUCAGCCACAAGAAAUACUGAUUUAUCAAUGUAUUCGAUCCUAAAACCUUCAGAGGUCACAUUGUUUUGUGACUGUAACCUUCGAGAAUUUUAACACGAACUUCUGGUGAAGCCCCUAGCUGACGAUGAAGAGAGCCCUGUCCAUUUGCGCUCCUUUACUCUUUGCAUCUCCGCCAGGGUUUAGUGUCAAGCACACAGCUGUGGAGUAAUUGCCACACCUAAGAGUCCCUCAGGGUUCUUCAGUCUCUGCCUAUGAAUUAAAUAGUACACAAAACGGCCAUGUAAGGCAGUACAAAGAACCGAAGGUCGAAUUGUUUCUUUUUAGCCACUCCAAGUGACAGCGCACAUGUCAUUUCCAGAGUAAAGCUAACACUCCCACAGAGAAGCUGUGCGUACCCUUUCCUGCAGAGUGAAGUUAGACAGUUGCUUCCUGAGUGGGAAGCCAAUGCUGAGAAGCAAGAGUGUGGGCCGCCCUGUGCCUGCCACCAGGGACUGGGGGCUUGUCAGAACACUGAGGAUGAGGGGUUGGCCCGAGGACCCGAUGUCUCACCCUGAAGUGUUGCACCCCUGUCAUCCUUUGGAGGGAUUCUGGUACCUGCUGUGAGGUAGUCUGGGGAUGCCUCACUGGAGCAUCCCUCACAGACGGUCUGCAGGGGACCCACAAGGCCAGCGUGUCCUCUGCAGUAGCCAUCCAGUGACAUCUUGAUACUCUUCAUGGUUUCACAGAUGAAACUUAAAAAGCUGGCAUACACAGGAAGUUAUCUGCUUACAGGCACAUUAAACCCCAGUGGGGUCUGAAAUACCCAGGCACCAAGCUCCCAGAUAAGGGAAUGAUUUGGCCACAAGACUCUCUGUUACCACGCCUUUUCUGUUGUCUCUUGAAAUAUCCAGAGUAGGAUGUUGAUAAAUGGUAUUUUAAAAAUGAAAUCUUUGGAUCAAAGGAAAAACUUAUCCCCUUCUAUAUUUUUGUUACUAAUAAAUAAUGCUUUUGUAAAUCUGAAUGGGAAACUACUUGUACAUAUUCAUACUGAGUGGUACUUAUGCCUUUGGGAUUAAUUUAAAAAUGUACUACUUGAUUACAAUUUCAACAAAGAUGAAUUCCAAUAACCAAAAUAAUAAAACAUUUCAAAGCUAGAA